AUUAUAUUUUUUUAAACAAAAAUUUUUUGUGCUUCCUAAAUGUGCAUUUAUUUAAAUUUUAACAAAACAAAAGAGUGUAUUACAUCAACAAUGGUUCCAUCUGUAUAUUGUCAUGUUGUUGCCCGGCAAUCUUGUACAGCGGGUAUUAUAACCGCUACAACCGGUGGAAAAGCAACUUUACGAUGUCGCUUACAUUCUGGGAUUUAAGUGGCGAUGAUAAAUGAUGAAUAUAUAAAGUAACGGCAAAAAUUAUAUUAAAAUUUAAAAAAAUAAUUUAAAAUUAAUCAAUGCAUCCAAAAAAGAGGAAUCCAAUUAUGGAUUUUGGUUGGUUAAUACAUCAUCCAUCCAAGUCACUGGAUAUAUUUUUUACAUUUAGUGAUAAUUAUCAGAGUAACGACAAAGGUUUAGAUUUAAGUGAAUUAUGGAAGUCACGACAUCCAUCAUCAUCAAUUUCUACAACCACGGUCAAUACUCAACAACAAACGAAACCACAACAACAACAAACGGUUGCAGCAGCGGCCGCAUCAAAAUCGUCAAGUUUAAGUAGUGGUUUUAAAAAAUGGCGUCGUACAAGCCGAACAAGUUCUGUAUCAUCAGAUAAUGUAUGCAGCAUACCAAAAAAUAAUCGAGAUGAAGAGAUGUCCCUAUUGAAAUUCUUAGCGAUUAAUGCUUUGGAUUUAACUGCACCAGCAAGUGAUAUAUUGUUAAAAAAUCGUAGCGAUCAAUGGUUCCAAUUAUCCGGACAUCCAGACAGUUUAGCACCAGCAGGACCUGGUACCGUAUGGAAAAAACGUGCUGGAGGUUGUGAAAAUACUGAACGUGAAGUAUACGAAGCAUUAUCAGCUGAUCCACUAAUGAAAGAUGUUAUUCCACGGUAUUUCCGUGAAGUUGAUUAUCAGGGUGAAAAAUUCAUUGAAUUACAAGACUUAUUACAUGGAUUCAAAGAUCCAAAUGUAAUGGAUAUUAAAAUGGGUACACGUACAUUCUUAGAAUCCGAGGUAGAUAAAACAACAGCACGAUCAGAUUUAUAUAAAAAAAUGGUUACCGUCGAUCCAAAUGCCCCCACCGAAGAGGAGCAUGAAAAACAGGCUGUUACAAAGUUACGAUACAUGCAAUUUCGUGAACAACAAUCAUCAUCUUGUAGUCAAGGUUUUCGCAUAGAAGCAAUGAAAUGUCGUGGAUCACCACCCGUAACCGAUUUAAAGCGAGUCAAAAGUCGUGAUGAAGUUUUGGUUACAUUAUCAUUAUUUAUUGCUGGUCGUGAAUAUGUAAGAAAACAAUUAAUUGAACGAUUAAAAGAAAUCCGAUCCAAAUUUGAACAAUCGGAAUAUUUCCGUAAACAUGAAGUGAUUGGAUCAAGUAUUUUCAUGUUGUACGAUGAUGAUAAAGUUGGUGUUUGGAUGAUUGAUUUUGCUAAAACUAAUAAAGUUCCAGAAGGUGUGCAAUUAACACAUCGUAAACCAUGGGUCCAAGGCAAUCAUGAAGAAGGAUUCUUAUUUGGUCUCGAUCAAUUGAUUUCGGUACUAGAAGAAAUCAAAUUCGACAACAUGGUGGAAUCGAAUAGUUGUAACAGCAUUCCACCUCCCACAUCCGAACGCUUAAAAGUAACAUCUUGAAGGAAGUGGACAUUUUCAAAAUUGAAAAUGUUUCGAAAUGUAUUUCAUUUUUAAAAUUUUAAUAGGCUAUGACAGCCUUUGAUGAAAAAAAAUGUUUUUUUCUUGUGUGUCCCUGCUACAUGUUUCAGGACACGCGUGUCUCUGUGUGUGGAAUUUACCUUCUACGAUAAAUGUUCGAUGUAACGAUUGUUUUAAAUGAAUUCUUGAUGAAUUUUUAAAACUUUUUAUUUAUAUUAAGUGUUCGAUGUGGUUUACAAAAAUUAUUUUUACGCUUAUACAUUUUUUUUUUUUAAAUACACUCAUCGUUGUAUCUCGAAAUAAAUAUUUAAACAGUUUUUUAUUUAUUUAAGAAAGAAAAAAAAAAAACUUUUAAUUUAAGUAUUAUUGAUAUAUUGAGUGUAUGGGUAUAUGAUAUUAUCGGUAGGAAUUAAAGGCGCACCUGACUUAAUUUGAGCCAAUUGAUUAUAAAUUCUUAUUGGAGCUGAAUUUUUUUGUAUUUUCUCUCACGAUUUAUUUCUACGCAUAUCAUAUGCCCGUACAUCCUGUAUUUAUUUUUAUGCCAUACUAAAGUCGUAGUUUACAUUGAAUGAAGUAAAAUCGUUUUUUUUUUUGUUCACAAGCUCAAAUAGCUAAUGCAAAAUUUGUAAAGUUGUAAGUAAAAAGUUAAUAUUU